AUGAAAGCCCCCAAUAUUCCAGAAGAUAGUUUACAAGGCGAUAAGAAAGGGAAACACGGGAGGACAUUUGGCCCUGCAAGACGAUCCACCAAAGGACAAUGGACUAAAGAAGAGGACGAAGUCUUGUGUAAAGCUGUGGAGCGUUUUCAAGGAAAGAACUGGAAGAAGAUAGCUGAGUGUUUUAAGGAUCGGACUGAUGUCCAGUGUCUUCAUAGAUGGCAAAAGGUCUUGAACCCCGAGCUUGUGAAAGGGCCCUGGUCAAAUGAGGAGGAUAAGACAAUAAUUGCUCUGGUAGAAAAGUAUGGGCCAACGAAAUGGUCUACUAUUUCUCAGCAUUUACCUGGGCGCAUAGGAAAGCAAUGUAGGGAGAGGUGGCAUAACCAUCUUAACCCUGGCAUUAAUAAAAAUGCAUGGACCCAGGAAGAAGAAAUAACUCUUAUUCGAGCACAUCAAAUAUAUGGGAAUAAAUGGGCAGAGCUAAUGAAGUUUUUGCCAGGAAGGUCAGAUAAUUCAAUAAAAAAUCACUGGAACAGCUCAGUUAAGAAGAAGUUGGAUUCCUACUACGUGUCAGGUCUUUUAGAUCACUGUCAGAACUCGCCACUCAUUCCCCUUCAGAACAAAUCUGUCGCUUCAUCUUCCUCGUGGAUGCACAGCAGUGGAGAUGAAGAUAAUUCUAGGCCAGGGCCUGAUGCUGAAGAGUCAGAAUGCAGCCAAGCUUCAACUGUUUUCAGUUAUUCGCAGUCUACCAGUGAUCUACCGGAUGAGGUUAAACCUGGGAAUGAGGGAUUCUACAUUCCUGAAUUGCCUUCAGGAACAGAGCAGCAAAUCUCAAACUCUGCAUCUUAUGCAGAACCAUACUACCUUUCCUUUGAAGAUGUCAAAACUGUUGACCCUGAAGUUUCUUGUGAAGCAGAAUGUUCUCACGAUGUUAGAACUACCACAGCUACGGAGGAUCAAUUGCAGGGUGCAUCUAAUGAUGCUGAACAGGACCUCGAUCUAGACUGUCCUCAGUUAUUGACCAAUAACAUGGACGUAGAUGGAAAAAAUGAAGUACUCCAAGCUUUUCAAAGUUCAGUCAGAUUAAGUGAUCAAGAUCAACCUUCUUUGCCAAACUCGGACACGGGUCCUCAUUCAGAAGUUCAAACUUUGAUCACGGAUGAGGAGUGCUGUAGGGUUCUUUUCCCAAAUACAACGAAAGAUGGCAGUACAUCUUCUGGUGAGCAAGGUCGGAAUAUGGUUGACCCUCAAAAGGGAAAAGGAGCUCUUUGUUCCCAGUCUGCAAAAACCCGUGCUCAUGAAAAUGGAACUAUUCCACCUUUAUCCUGUCAUCCUUCAAGUUCUGAACCUAGUCAAGGUUGUCACCUUCUUAGAGCUACUGCAUUAGAUCGUAAAACUGAUACAAAUCACGGUUUCAUUGUCACUGAUGGACACGUAACUUCCCAAGGAAAUGAUGAUAAUGGUGGUAUCCCAGAACAGCAGGAGCUGUCAUAUAUCCCCAAGGAUGCUUUGAAGCUAGUACCUCUGAAUAGCUUUUCUUCUCCUUCUACGGUGAAGAAGAUUUAUUUUCCAAUUGACGAUAAGCCAGCUGAAAAAGACAAAGGAUCUCUUUGUUAUGAACCUCCAAGGUUUCCAAGUGCAGAUAUCCCUUUCUUCAGCUGUGAUCUUGUACCAUCAAAUAGUGACUUACGGCAAGAGUACAGUCCAUUUGGUAUCCGCCAGUUGAUGAUUUCUUCGAUGAAUUGUGGAACUCCAUUACGAUUAUGGGAUUCACCGUGUCAUGAUAAGAGCCCUGCCAAAAGUUAUAGUGGUGCACCAUCCAUCUUAAAGAAGCGGCAUCCGGACUUGCUGUCACCUGUGCUUGAUAGAAGAAAAGAAAAAAGGCUUAAAAGAGCUGAGGCUUCCUCCUUAGCUAAUGAUUUUUCGCGCUUAGAUGUUAUGCUUGAUGAUGGAGAUGAUUGCAAAUCGUCUUGUUUGUCAGAAUCUCCUGACAAUAAAAAUAUAUGUGCCUUUCUUUCCGAAGCCAAAUGUCAUAACGAUUUGGCUUCAGGUGGGUCACAUCAAGAAAUGACUCAUAUAGAUGAGGACCCAAAGGAAGCCUUGGAGUCAGGAAGAGUGAUUUCUACGACAAACGAAAAGGAAUAUAAUGACGGUGGUGCAUCAGCUAAAAAUGACCAAGAAACUUCUCGAAGAUUCGAUGAUUGUAAUGAUGUUGAGAUACAACUGUGUUCUCCUGAUAACACUGGAUCAAACGAACACAAAAGGUCAUUAGGUUAUAUUGAAGAAAUCUCAUCAGAACCUCCAUGCACUGCAGACUCUAUUCCUUUAUCAGCAAUCGCAGGAAAUAAAACCAACACUGCAGAGAGUAGUUUUGAUAUUGAAAAUUUCAGCAUAUUUGAUGGAACUCCGUAUAAAAAACUCCUUGAUUCUCCAUCACCAUGGAGAUCCCCUUUACUCUUUGGUUCUUUCUUGCAAAGUCCAAGGUUGCCUCCAGAAAUUACAUUUGAGGAUAUUGGCUGCUUUAUGAGUCCCGGAGAGAGAAGUUAUGACGCCAUAGGACUGAUGAAGCAUCUGAGUGAACACACAGCUACGGCCUAUGCAGAUGCUUUGGAAGUUUUGGGAAAUGACACACCUGAAACAAUACUCAAGAAGAGACAGCUGAACAAAUCUAUUCAAGGGAAAGAAAAUCAGCUCUGGCCUCAUGAUCAGCUGGAAAGCCGAUCCCAGGUGGAGCGCCGCACCUUGGACUUCAGCGAUUGCGGGACACCGGGGAACACAAAGGUAUCAUCGGCUUCUCCAGGCGGCUACUCAAGCCCAUCAUCUUACCUUUUGAAGAGUUGCAGGUAA